UUUGCAGAGGGCACACCGACACACACACACACAUACCCUCUCACAGUGUCACAUACACACUCACAGCUGUUGAUACUUCUCUCUCUGCUGAGUGCCGAGGAGCAGAGCCCGCAGGAAUUUGGGGGAACCUGCUGUCUGCUGGCAAACAUCAUCUAUGUGGACAAUCUGAGAGGAGGACUGAAUGAUUUUCUAAUCGGUGCCUGGCUUUUACUUUCUGGCGUUCACAUCCCGCUCUUUAUCCCUCUCGUCUCUCCCUGGCUUUUCUGGGACACAGUGUUGGAAUUUAAGCGCAGACAGCGAGCAGCAGAGAAAAACAGAGACAUGUGUUUUGCCCCAGCCGCCUCCUACUACUGCCCAUUCUCUCCUAUUCACUGACAAAGCAGGAAAUACAAGGUGAGCGUCACAGCGGCGGGCACAGAGAGAGAGAGUAAGGUGACGCAGGCAUGAGUGCGGAAAACCAUCAGGGGGUGGUGACCACCCCACCCCCGCCCAGUGGAGGGACUAAGGAGCGCUACUUUGACCGGGUCGACGUCAACGAUCCGGAGUACAUCAGGGCCAAGAACAUGUCACCUGACCUGCGGCAGGACUUCAAUGUUCUGGAGCAAAAGAAACGUGUCACACAGAUCUUACAGAGCCCCGCCUUCAAGGAGGAGUUGGAGGGUCUGAUCCAGGAGCAGCAGCGGAAAGGGAACAACCCCGCCGGCCUGCUGGCCCUCAGACAGAUCGCUGACUUCUUCAUGGCCAGCUCUGUGGCCGGCUUCAACGCCUCUCCUCUCAGUCUGGGGAUGGUCACUCCUAUCAACGACAUGUACGGAGUUGAAUCCACCACGAUGGUGAAAGGCGAGAAGCUGGCGCGCUGCAAGCUGGCCAGCCUCUACAGACUGGUGGACCUGUUCAGCUGGGCGCACUUCUCCAACUCCUACAUCACAGCACGAGUCAGUAAAGAGCAAGAUCACAUCCUCAUCAUGCCCAGAGGACUGUCCUUCGCUGAGGCGUCUGCAUCAAACCUGGUGAAGGUGAACAUCCUCGGGGAUGUGAUCGAACAAGGCACCACCAACCUGAGGAUCGACCCCUCAGGGUUCAGCCCCCACGCUGCCAUCUACUCCAUGCGCCCAGACAUCCGCUGCGUCAUACAUGUGCACACUCCUGCAUCGGCUGCUGUGUCCUCUAUGAAGUGUGGCAUCCUGCCGAUUUCCCAGGAGUCUUUGCUCCUGGGUGAUAUCGCCUACUAUAACUACCAGGGCAGCUUGGACGAGCAGGAGGAGCGCAGAGAGCUGCAGAAGGCCCUGGGGCCAACAGCGAAGGUGUUGGUGCUGAGGAAUCACGGUGUGGUUGCUCUUGGCGAAACCGUUGAAGAGGCCUUUCACUACAUCUACAAUACCCAAUAUGCCUGUGAAAUCCAGGUAAAGGCCAUCUCGUGUGCUGGCAGCGUAGACAACCUGAUAGUGCUGGACCAACAGAAGUACAAAUCAUCGACGCACGACGUGACCACAACAGAUAUCAACAUGUGUGGCCAGUACAAGUGGAAGCGUGGCGAGCUGGAGUUUGAGUCUCUGAUGAGGAUGCUGGAUAACCUGGGCUACAGGACGGGUCACGCCUACAGACACCCCAUCAUGCGAGAGAAGCCCAGGCACAAGAGCGAGGUGGAGAUCCCCGCCACGGUCACAGCGUUCAUGUUCGAGGAGGACGGGGACUGUGCCACGCGGCUGCCCUUCAAGUUCCUGCAGCAGCGGCAGCAGAGGGAGAAGACGCGCUGGCUCAACUCGCCCAACAGCUACACCAAGGUCAACGUCGAGGGGGGGGAGGAGCGCUACAACAGCAGGACCACCACGUGGAUGAAGGCUGAAGAGACAGGAACCCCAAUCCGGAUCGAGGACCCCAAUCAGUUCGUCCCUCUCAACACAGAUCCCAGUGAGGUGCAGCAGAAGAGGAACAAAAUCAGAGAGCAGAACCGGUUUGAUAUGAUGACGUCUGGGCCGCGCUCUCAGCACCUUGCAGGAAUCCCCAUUGAUGAACCGCGACGGCCAUACGUGCCCACAGAGGAGGAGCAGAUGGCUCCCCUGCCUCCAAACCCCUUCAGUGAGCUGUCGGAGAAGGAGCUGCACGAGUACCGCAAGAACGUAGAGAGGAAGCAGCUCGGCCCCAGUGAUGGAGAGCACGAGCUAACCUCCGACGACGGCUCCACUCUCUCUCAGUCUCUCUCUCUCACCCAGUCUCCGCAAAGCACUCCAGCUAAAGAAGACAACCACACGGGCCUUAUGAACGGCAAAGAGGACCACGGCGACGUGGACAAAGAUCUGUGCAAGCGCGUGAGCCAGCUGACCACCAGCGUGGAGAGCGUGGAGAUCACUGUGCGCUCGAGCGAGAAGAUCAAAGAGGCGCUGUCCCCCGAGAGCUCGCCCUCCAAGUCGCCCAACACCAAGAAGAAGAAGAAGUUCCGCACCCCGUCCUUCCUGAAGAAGAACAAAAAGAAAGAGAAGACGGAGGCCUGAGAGCAGACAGAGCGCCGUCUGAGGAAGAAGAAGAAAGAGGGGCGGCAGCCGUUCUGUUAACGUCUGUGUUUUUACUUUGUCUCCGUUUUCAAUGUCCUCUUAUGUUUUUAAUUGUAUUAUUUUUAACAAAUGCUUUUAUGUGCAAAAGGCAGUAGAACGGAUUACAUAAAAAAGGAAUUGGUUUGCAACAGAAAAAUCUCCUUCUGCAAAAAAGACAAUAAUGUUUGUGAAAGUUUGUGAUGAGCAUGCGGUGCCACAGAUUGAAGCUGCAGCAGGUUGGGGGUCUAUAACCUCUUCACCUAGGCAGCACCCUAACAGUCCUCUUCAGAGGCCUUUGGGUGUCAUUUGAGGAGAUUUCAAUCCUGAAUAACUGGCUCCUCUUGUGGUGUUUCCCAGGCCGAAGAUAUAACUUGAAACCACCUCGCGUAUUUCUUGCUACAAAAUAAAUUGUGUUGUAAAACUGCACAAGUUGAAACUAGACCUUCUUUUAAGACUCCUCCGGUCUUUUAAUGGUUUGUUUUCUGGUCACCUGACUCUGAAUAGGGAACUGAGAGGCUGCAUGAAAUUUGAAGUCACACUGGAAAUCUGGUCCCAGAAAAAACAGCCACAGGGUUUGAGUUGAUUUAUUUACUGAGAGGUUUUCUCUCCGCUCUCUCCACUCUCUCACACUCUCCGAGCUUCUUUAGCUUCAGCUGAUUGUGGCCGAACAAGAAGACGAGUUUAAGAGUGGAUAGUGAGGACGAAGGCUGGCAGUUUAGCACAACUACGUUGACACAAUCUCAGAAUAUUUAUGUAGCAUUUUCAUAUCUUCUCCUCUUCAUCUCAAUGUUUUUUUUAUUUGGGGGGGGUUGCCAAACUAAAUGGAAGAAAAGAAAAACAAUCUAAUUUUAGUAAAGCGUCACUGUUUUUCUAGUUUUUCAUCUCAUGAAAUGUUAUCUUUUUUUAUCAAACACAAAUUUGGUAUUAGUCAACUCUGUUUUGUACUCAUUUGUAAGCUUUUACAAAGAAUUACAGAUGUUACGCAUGUUUUCUCUUUUUUGCAAGAACUGAAUUUAUACGGCUGACUAUGUCCUGUAGUAAUGCCUGAUUGCUCAAAUGUUAUUCUAAUAGUACAGAGUACACAAAUUUACUAUAUAACACAGAUAUAUGAAAACUGGAUAUGUUGGCUAUAGAUUUUUAACGAUAUAUUUUUUAUUUUAUUGUGCUGCACUUUUCUCGUGGUAUAUAACACAUUUAGUGGCAGGUGGUUUCACCAGUGAAGGAAAUUGUGAAGUUUCUGAUAAAAGAUGUGCAAGUAGCAAGCGAGGCACGGUGCCAGAGAGAGGUCAGGACCCAGCAAGUGAGUCAAAUGGAGAAAGAAUUAUCUUUCAUUGGUGUCACAUGUGAGGAAUGAUACUCUACUUCUCAACAAAACAGGAAGUGUAGUGCGGAAACUACCAGCAGUAGCCAGCUCAAAUGAGAGUCAUUGGGGGUCGUGGAGUUCAAAGAGGUGACAUCUUUUAGUUUGGUGUGUUUGUGUUUUUUUUAAGCCAUAUUGUAAUAAUUGUUUCCACCAUUGUUUUUUAAUAAUGAGACAAGGGUUGCGUUUCUCGUCUGCCUGCAUGGGCGUCAAGGAGCCGAACAAAACCUCCCUAAAAUCACCCCAGUGACUGCAUCGAAACCCCUCAGGCUUCCCAAAAACUUUUUUUCUGUAGCUGCAUUUAUAGCAGCUACGUUUCCUCUCUUAAUUCUCCGUUUAUUUCCUCCUGCAACUGGAACAUUUUAAGGAGGUCAUGUGGACAUUAUAUUUGUAUUGCUUGCUCUGCGAGCCCGCUUGUCAUUUCAGCGUCUAAAACCCUCAUGUAAUUUCUCUUGUAAACACGUUGGUGUGGUAACUGUCAGUUGACCCACAGUUGAACUCUGCAAAGCCAAAGUGUGAUGGGUUGCCACAUAUUCUCCUCCCCCCGCAGUUUAACCAGAUGUACCAAUAUCCCAGCUAGCAAUGUGAAGUAUUGGAUUUGGGGGCAGGGUUUAGGGACACAUCUUUAGCUGUGUUAAACGAUAGCUUUUGGCUCUGGGUAAAGAGCUGAGGUCACACAACUGAGAGAUAGAGAAAGGAGGUGUGAGUUUGGAAAUGGAAGUGCUUAUGUGUGUGUAGUAAAGAGGAAAAACCUGACACUAACGCACCAUGUUUUUAUCACUCAAAAUGUCUUCUUUUCUCAAACCAUCUCUCCUUUUGGAAACUAUUUCAUCCUCCAUUUGUAUCGCAGUAGUAUCUUUUCUUCUUUUAGUUUGCAGAGAGCAAUAGGCUUUUUUAUUAACCAUUUUAUGAGCAUAAAUUGCUCCCAGAUGAACUGAAUGUGCAUUGCAUCCCUUUAUUUUUCACCUCCUGUUUCUGACUGUUUGCACCUUGCUUUACUAAUGCCUCUCUAUCCAUCUUUUUUCUGUUUAAAAAAAAAAAAAAACUUUGCUUUGGCAUGCCAGAAUGAGCCAAGCUAUUUUGUGACCUGUGAAAAUCCUAUAUAAAUGGUUAUCUAAUGGAGUUGCUUUUAGAUGUAUUGCUAAUCAGUGUAAAUUCACAAAUAAAACUGUAUUUUAAGAAACG